GCUCUUCACUUUGUAUACACAUAUAUGAUUAUUUUCAUUAUACGUUUAACAUCUAUGUAACGAUUUAUAAACAACGUAACACAACUCCCACUGCCAGAGUGGACCCGUUAGCGAGGGGUGGCAGGUUGGCUACCAGCAGUGAACCGUGAAGGAGUGUUGUUUACUUUUAAAUUCUAGUUUGUCCUGGCAGGGUAGACUGGCUGAGUGGAGGAGGCCUGCGAAUUAAUGAGCAGAUGGUGUUGUGAUCACCAGUCCCAUCAACAUGAGUGAGAUAGACCUGACACUCGCCUUGCAGCUGCAAGCCCAGUUUGAGGAGGAGCUCCGAGUCAGCCUCCUCAAGCAGCAAGAGGAGGAGAACAAACAAAAAAAUGAAGGAGCCCCCAUUGUGCUGGAGCUCCAUGCCAACAAAAAGACCAGAAAGUCCUUGGAAGAGCCUCAACAAGAGAAGUUAUCAGUGUCCCUCAUUGACCCCUCCUGGGAGCUGAUUGAUCCCAACCCAGACGUCCACACACUUUUCCUUACUUUCAAUGAUCAGUUCUUCUGGGGACGCCUGUCAGGAGUAGAGGUUCGCUGGAGUCCUCGGAUGACACUAUGUGCUGGAGUGUGUUGCUAUGAGGGCCGUGGAGGACUGUGCUCUGUGCGGCUCUCACUCCCUCUUCUAAAGCUGCGUCCCCGCAAAGACCUGGUGGAGACCCUUUUGCAUGAAAUGAUACAUGCCUACCUUUUCGUCACAGCCAACAACAGGGACCGGGAUGGCCAUGGCCCAGAGUUUCACAAGCAUAUGUAUCGGAUCAAUAAUGUGGCUGGCACAAAAAUUACUGUGUUUCAUAGCUUUCAUGAUGAGGUAGAUGUAUAUAGACAACACAUCUGGCAGUGCAAUGGUCCUUGCCGAACUAGGCGGCCCUACUUUGGCUUAGUGAAGAGGUCUAUGAACAGAGCUCCCGGCCCCAAUGAUAACUGGUGGGCGCAACACCAACAGACCUGUGGGGGAACCUAUAGUAAAAUCCAAGAGCCUGAUCGUUCUGCAACAGCCAAGAAAGGAAGCAAAAAAGCCAGUAAAACUAAAGCUGAUGGUUGCAGUGACAUCAGAAAAUAUGUGGGAUUCACUGGAAAAAGUCAUUCUCUUGGGGGAACAACCUCAAAGGCUGUAUAUCCAAAAGACCAACAAGAUCCAGCUGAAAUUAACAAAACUGAUGAUUCUGGAAAGGAAAAUACUCCAGUAGGUGGUGUGAGAAGGAAGAUUGAGAAUGGAAGCAAACACAACCUGGGAGAAACUAAAGAAAAACAUGAUAAAGUCAGAGGCUUUGCUAGUACAUCGAGUGGAAUAGUGAACCAGGUGAAGGUUACUGGCGCUAGUCGGUCAAAUGUCCAUGGAUUUGGCAGUCAUUCCCCGGCACGGAAGAAACCAUGUGGUGGAAAUAAGCCUGCAGCUGAGAAAAUGCCUAGAAGUAAAAACAUGGUGAAAAGAAAUCCUGGUGGUUCUGGUACUACUGGCAUUGCUGUAAGAGGAAGUGGCUCUCGAACUGUGACAGUUAAGGGAAAAACUGGCACUCAAACAGAGACUCAAGUGAAAGCAAAUAGUAGUGAAGCUUCACAUAUAGCAUUCCAAGGACAAGGACAUACUUUAGGAGGAGGUACCAUUAGUAAGGUCUCCAGACUUCCAUCUUUGUCAUCUUCCAACUCAGUGCUUUCAUCUACCUCCUUGCAAACCCAGACAGAUUCUGAGCCUGAAGUUCAUAUGGAUAUAGAACUGGAUCAGAGAGGUAGCACAUCUCGUUCACCUGUUUCAUCAGCUGAAGGAAAUAUUACUCAGAAACGCCAGAAGUCAUUGGAUUGCUAUGUACUAACGCCCUCAUCUUCAGAGCCUGUUAGAGAGACAGUCAGGUGCCCAGUGUGUAAUGUACUAGUGCCAGAAAGGGAUAUAAAUAAGCACCUUGAUGAUUGUGUAGGGAACUCAAGUGAUGAAGAGGUCAUGAAAGAAGUAGAGAACUCAAGUGAUGACGUGAUGAAAGAUGUAAGUAAAGAAAAACCAUGCAAAGGAAUUCCUCCCUCUAAUGGUGAGGUGGCCAUGUGUAUUGAAGACAACAGUAUUAAUGAGAGUGUUAAUGGUGGAGAACUUUCACAGGCAGGUCUCCAAAACAGCUGUGAUGAGGAAAUACAGUAUCCAUGCCCAGUGUGUGGCGAGGGCUGCUCACCUGCCACUAUUAAUCAACAUUUAGACACACACUUUUAAAAAACAGCUAGCAACUAACAAUCUAACAACCUUUUGGAAUUUUUAUGGCGACUUUUAUACAGGUUUUAAUUAAUCAUUUAUUGAUAGAGGUUGCAUUUCUUAUCCUGUGAGAAAUAUAUAUGGAAUCUGAGAAAUAUAACCAAGAAAUAUAUAAAUAUAUAAGGAA